CAUGGUUCUCCACAAUAUAAUAGAUAAUUAGGUGUUUUCAGAAGUACCUAGUCCAAAAACAACAAAUGUAAAAGACAAUUAAGUAAUCGAAAAUAUUUAUAAGCCUGUAAAAGAGAAAAGUAAGAAAUAUAUGAAGGUGCCACUAAAGACUAAAUAAGAGCUUCAUUAAAUGGUUUAGUAAGAAGGAAAGAAAAUAAAAGAAGUAAACAAUUAAGAAUUAAAGAUUAUAGGCUGCAAAAAUUCUUGGUAUAAAAUAUGCAACAGCAAAAACAAUAGUUUUUCAUAAAAGAUAAAAACGAAAGGCUAAGAGGGAGUAUGGUAUCAAAAUGUGCGGUUAUACUAAAAAAAUUAAAGAUAAAGCUUCUCGUUUCCAGAUAAUUUCUGUAAUUGGUAUUGAGAAAAAGCAUUGUAUGGAGUAUGUUUGGUGA